CUCUGUCCCUUUCCUAUCUGCGACUGCCAACGAAGCACGACGCUCGAUCUCGCCGUAACCGAAGCCGCAAGAGCGAACCACCGCCCAGUACCGACUCGACGUAUCCCGGGAGGAUCCGUCAUCUUAAUAUCUAUUCAUCAUGGGCGCGGGCAUGUCAUGGCUGUCCGGCCUGAUGUGGGCAAAGAAGGAGAUUCGGAUAUUGAUCUUGGGUCUGGAUAACGCAGGAAAGACGACGCUGCUGUACAGGUUGAAGGUCGGCGAAGUUGUCACCACCAUCCCCACUAUCGGUUUCAACGUCGAGUCCGUCACCUACAAGAAUCUUAACUUUAACGUUUGGGAUCUUGGUGGCCAGACCAGCAUCCGACCCUACUGGCGGUGCUACUACGCCAAUACGGCAGCCGUCAUCUUCGUCGUCGACUCCACCGAUAUCGAGCGAUUACAGACGGCAUCGGAGGAACUCUCAGCCAUGCUGAACGAGGAGGAGCUAAAGGAUGCGGCGCUGCUGGUCUUCGCCAACAAGCAGGAUCAGCCCGGUGCCAAAGGUGCUGGUGAGAUCUCAGAGGCACUGCGCCUGGGCGAGCUGCGGGACCGCAACUGGAGCAUCAUGGCCUGCUCAGCUGUUGAUGGCAGCGGUGUCAACGAGGGCAUGGACUGGCUCGUGCAAACCGUAUCGUCGGACAUCUAAGCGAGGGUGACGAUUUUCCGGUUCAGUCGGCAUUGUACAACAACGAAAUGAUGAUACUACUACCUCACGGUUCCGUCGCAUCUGGGUAGACAGCGUAUAUGGAGAGACCAGGAGAUCUCGGCGUCCAGGGAUGAAGAGGGAUCGGGACCGAAUCCGGAGACUGAACAGCAUUUUGGGUGCUCAUGAGAAGGACGUGACGGCGGACGC